AUGACUCGGUUGUUGUCCCGAUUUUUACAUAUCCUCGUGUUACGAGCUGUACAGUCAGUGGCAUACGGUCUGUGGUGUGGGAAGCACUAUGAACUCGGUGCUCUCAACGUUCCUCCCGCACCGGAAAGUCGUUUCACCUCCCCGCCCAUCUCUCCUCAGCCUUUACUCAACUUUCGCUGCUCAACAUCUAGCUCCAUAUACAUAGCGGGUGAUUUGAAGGAUCAUCCAGGAAUCAUCAUUGAUGCGGAGGUUACGAAUGACGUUGGUCAACCAUACGAAGGCACCUUGGGGCAAGCCUUGAAUGUGAUCGUUUCGACGAAGGAUAUUGUACUGGCCAGUGGGUCUGUUGUCCCCGGCACUUCCGGUACUGUGCUACCUCUUGACUUUUCGGCACUCUCUGCAACCGGAGAGUCGUACAUCGUCACUUGUACGGCGCAAGCAGGAGUAAAUAUCUUCACCGUUGAAACUGAGGCAUGGUAUCUACCUCCGAACCCGUACGGAGGAUCCACUGUCAAGGUCGAUCGGCAUAGUGGGGCCCUGAUGGUUGAGGAAGAGGACAGGUGGGAGAAGAUAUUCCCCUUCGGAUGGUAUGACGAUCGGUCACGACCAAACUCUCUGAGAUCGCCAUUGAAUGGUGGAGAACCCGUCCAAGUGGCAUUGCCUUCACCGGAAAGUGCUAUUGGAAUCGAUCCUUAUUUGACCAACAUCGAACGCCUUGACCGAGCCAAGAGACAAGGAAUGAACAUGAUACAUCCUGUUCCUCCCGUACCCCAUUAUGCUCCGAACAAUGACUGGACGGUCACGUCCACUUACAUGGCUCACGCUGAAAUUCUCGGUCUUGGUGUAAUGUAUGACAUGCGUCACUCUUUCACAGAUCUUGGUUCAGUCAAGGAUCAAGUCGAACGAUUUCGUUCUUCCCCAAGCUUACUCGUAUGGUACACUUCAGACGAGCCGGACGGUCCCCCGACUUCAUUAGACUCCACCGUCGAUGCUCGCUCUCUGAUCCGUGAUUUAGAUCCAUACCAUCCCACCGCUCUUGUACUCAAUUGUGCAGACUAUUACUUCGCCUCUUACGUCCAAGGAACCGAUAUCCUCAUGCUUGACGUUUAUUCAAUCGCAAUGAACCCCAUCUGGUCCAAAAAGUGGUCUACUCCUGUAAACUCCACAUUUGGUGCAUCUGGCUGCGACAAUUGUCAGGGCAAUUUCCAUGAUCUGUCUCGACGAAUAGAUGAGGCCAAAGCUAGGUUGAGGGUGAUGAGAAGAGAAAGGGAGAUACCAGUAUGGAUCGUACCGCAAGCGUUUGAUGAUCAUGGGGAUGAAUUUUGGUGGAGGGUCCCGACGGGUGAUGAGGAGGUUGUUCAAACGAUUCUGGCGGUGAAUCAUGGAGUCAUAGGACACUGUGCUUGGUUUGCAAGUUCAGCCACGCCGGAUUUAUUGGGGAACGUCUCAUUCAUAUCCAAACAUCUAUACGAACAACGUCAUUUUCUCCUAGAUAACGCCCAUACUCGUCGACCUGUACUCACAUCCCUUCCUUAUCAUGACGGAAAUGGUGUAGACGCAUUCGCUUGGACAUCAUUUACGCCCCAUGGGACAGAUAUUCUCGUUCUCGCCGCUCACUUGAAUUAUAUCGGACUCGAGGCCAAGACGACUUUUAGUCUCCAACUCUCGGGUCAAAUCAAACGGGUUUUGUUCGGGGAUGUCAGGAGUACAUCGAACGGUGAUGUUGUGUUCCGUAUGGGACGGACGAGCACCGCAGGGGUCAUUUUGCAUAUCGCGAAAGAGAGUGAUACGACGGUCGAUAUGGAUACAGGGGAGAUGACCCUGGUGAAGAGACUUGGCAAGGGGAGUGAAUUAAUGGAGUUGUAA